AUGUGGAGCUGUUGGAUGUGGCCCUUAAUCUUGGCCUGGGUGUCCAUGGCAACCCAGACACUCUGCCAAAGCGGGGAUGUUGACUGGGGUUCAGGCUCUGACAUUGAUCCUGCCGUAAUGUCCACCAACGACACGUCGCAGGCAGCCGGCGACGAGCCUGUGAGGAUGAAAAACAACAGUGACUCUCACACAUCAGCAGCAUUUCCAUCACCGUCGCCCACGCUGCACCACGAGUCCCAACCGGACAGGUGCUCGCUCCACUUCGCCACCGACGCUGCUUUGGCGCGACGGCUAAAGGCUGAGAGAGGGGAGCUGGCUUAUCUGCAGGCCAUCCAGCACGGGAACGAGGCGGUGAUGGAGAACUUGGCUCAGUUUGUGGGGGCAGAGGUGGGAGAUCAGAGGUACGAGGACGUGAUCGAGGAGAACCUCGUCGGCACCCAGGAGGAGCACAAGAGGUGUCAGGAGGUGGUGGAGAAGGCUGAGGAAGAUCUGGAGAAGCAGCUGGAGGGAGACGCGUCGGACGCCCUGGCUGGGAUGCAGAAAAUCAGAGAAGAGUCCUCGGCUUUCAACAACAUGCUACGUGCUGCCGCAGACAUCGCCAACAGGCUGGAGAGCUCAUCGCAGGCCCUGCAGGCCUCAUUCACCAAGCAGCUAAAGGACAUCAUCAAAAUCCAUCGCUAAGGAAGUGUGGACACGGCUUUAAAACAUAUCGUCCUCUAACUUUGUGCAAUAUGUUGGAUAUACCGUGUAAGACUCAAUAAGAGGAAAAUAAACCUUCCUGCAAUUAUAUAAAUAUUUUUGCAACACUGAGAUACAACAACGUGUCAAGGUCGGCCAUUCCAUCAAGUGUAAGAAUCGACUUUUUUUCCUUUCACAGAAGCUUGUGACCCAUAAAAUCCGUUCGAUUAUUUCCCAUCCAGGUUUAUUCCUGAGGUCAAACAUGGCAGCAGUAUGUGGCUGCAGCUUUGAGCCAAGUUAAAUGUGUUUAUGGAUCAAACCAGAUUGGCCUUCAGAGAGCAAACAUAAUGACUGUGUUAGUCUUCUCCAGAGGAAGCUGCGGGUCGGCCAUCUGGUUCAAGGUUGAGGAUGGAGGCCGGGACACGCUUAAGAUGACAAGUGUGUUUCAAUGGGGAUUUUGUUUUUGCAACAACAAAACAAGAAAACUACCACAGGGACAAGGAUAUCUGUGUUUGGAGGAAACUGUGCAAACUAUACCUGCGGAUGAGGGACAAGAUUGUAGAAAGGAUUGGACGGCUCCUGUUAUCAGGAAGAAUUAAACAUGUUAUAAGCUAUUAAACAAAGAAACUCUGAAUAUGCACAUUGUUUAAAAUUCCUGCAAGAUCAUGUGUUUGUUGGAUUUUAAAAAGUGAGAGUUAAGAUUUAGUUUUACUUCCAGUGCCAGUACUCAUCACUAUUUUAUGAUAUUUGUAACCAUAAAAUGUUUAAUAAUAUGAAUUUGUACAGUACAUGAUAUGAAGUAUGUAUAGUAAACAGCAACAGACAACA